UGGAGGGGCUGCGGCAGCUUCGCUGUCGCCUACACAGCGUAGUCUCGUAUUCUACGCCUGCUUACGUCUCGAGUCAGCGGCGUCCCGGAUCAUCUCACAAUGCGUCCCGACCCGGUCAUGGACUUGGUUACGCUGGUCGCCAUCAUGCUGGGGGCGAUCAUGCUGUUCGUGCUGCUCUGGCUGCUGGUGCGCAAGUACAGCGUCGCUCCAGUCGCGGAGCCGCCCAGGGGCGACGAGACGCUGGCCGACGGCGCCUCUUCGCACAGGCGCGCCAGCAAGACGUCGCAGCAGCGCCCGCCCGUCGGAGCGGGUGCGGACGGAUCGAGGGGCGCGUCUUCGGCUCCCGAACGAGGCCUCCCCGACGCCGCGCACAAGCCGUCCAUUGCCACAGGGCGCACGGCCCCGCUGGCGCCCAGUUCGGGACCGGAUGCGGUGCCGCCUCCCGGCGUAGAGUGUUCGGGUGCGACGGACCUUCCGGCGACUCCCGACGAGCGUCCGAAAAAACAUGGCGCUAAGGCAGCGGCGGCUGCGGUCGCCGCUUCGGUGCCUAAGCAAGCCGGGAACGCUGCGGCGGGAGAAAAGAGGCCCGAGAGUUCGGCGCCUGAGAGCCUAGACCACAGCGUCGUUCGGAACAAGCCGAAGGCGUCGUCGGGAUGGGUCUUCGCCGUCACAGGGGACAAGCUUCCUGAUCAGCCUUCGAGAACGAAUAGCGCGGAGGACGCAAAUGCUGCAGCUACUGGCACAGGGAAGCGUUCGUCGUACGAAGAGGAACAAGAUGCAGCCGGCAUCGGGAGGACGUCUGGAGGCCAGGCGGCGGACCAGACGGCGCAUGAGGAGAACAGCGGCAUGGCGUCGGCGGAGCUGACGACGACCAAGGAACACCGGCGUCACAAGAAGAAGUCCAAGAAGCAGCAGCGCGAGGGCGGCGGCGUAGGCAGCGCAAGCGCCGGGAGCCCGCCCGAAGUCGGUGCCGACGCCGACACCACGACCACCACCAAACGGAAGCACAAGUCCCGGCGCGGAAAGGACUCCAAGUGCGUUGGCGUCGCGUGCGCGACCACAGGAGCAAACUUUAGCUAGAGACCAACUUCGAUUUUCCCUAUUCAGAUAAACGUAAUACGCAGAAAUGCUACAAUUCAGCAAGGUUCAACGUUCGAGGAAAACGCGUCAGGCGAGUGGUCGAAAUAAAACGAG